UCCUUUCAUAAUAUCUGCAUUUACUAGUGACAAUCUGACAUUUAGUGUUGAUUGGGGUUAUUAAUAUCUUUUUGUUGGUUUAUCCGAUAAUUUCUUUUAGCUUUCGGUUUUGUAUUUAUGUAUGAAGCUCAUUCAUAUAAUAGGGGUAAAUAACUUAAAUUGUACAGUACUUGUUUCUUUCAUUUUUUCCAGAUGGCUCGCCGUGGAAAGAGUAAUCAUGUAUGGACUAUUGAAGAAGAUGCAAAACUUGUAGAAUCCAUUGUUGAGUUGAAGAGGAGUAAGAAUUGGGAUGGUGAAAGUGGAAAUGGGUUGCGAAAAGGUUACCAAAAGGAGUUGGAAAAAAUAUUGCAAGAAAAGCUUCCAGGUAAUGGUCUUAAAGAAAAGCCACACAUCGAAUCUCGUUGUAAGUUAUUGAAAAAACAAUAUCAUGCUAUCUAUGAUGUACGUGCUAAUGGAGAAUUGAGUGGCUUUGGCUGGGAUGAUGAAAGAAAAUGUGUUACUGCAAGUGCGGAUGUUUGGGCUGAUUAUUUGAAGAGCCAUCCAGAUUGUACUUUCAUGAAAAACAAGUCUUUCCCUUACUUUGAUCAACUAUCAAUUGUAUGGGGUAAAGAUAGAGCUGCUGGAUUACAUGCUGAAGCUCCAUUAGAUGUAGUCGAGGAAUUAGAUAGAGAAGAAAAUGUAGAUCAAGUGGAUGGAGAAUCUGGUGAAGAUGGUGUACCUUCAUUAACUACACCUCGCGACGAAGGAACUUCAAAAAGACUUGAUCGUAAGAGGAGAAGAAGUUCAGAUGGUUUCAUAUCAAGUUUGGAGCGAAUGACUAAUGUGCUUGUUGCGCAUAUGGAUAAGUCGAAUGAUCAAAUGAACAAGAUUUUGGAAAGUGUUACCGGAGGUGACAAAGAGAAAAAAGACAAUCGUCAUAUGCUUUAUGAGAAAUUGCAAGAGAUUGAAGCAUUGACUGAUUCUCAGAGACAAAAAGCUGCAAUGAAACUUGUUCGAGAUCCUGAUUUAUUAGAUUACUUUUUCACUCUUCAUGAUGAAGGGGCUAAAAAGAUGUUUCUAAUAGAACUAUUAGGAUGAAAUUACUUUUUUACGUUUUUGCUACCAAACUAGACUUCUUCAAUUUCAUGGACUAGCUAAAGAUUAUUUGCUUUUAUAAUUAAAUUCAAUCCGUGGCUUUUUUUUAAAUAAUUUUUGUAUUGUAUUUUCUAUAUUUUCAAAAUUUAAAGAGAAUUAUAUUCAUGUAAUAUAUUUAAUUAGCAUUAUUGAUGUUAGAAGGAUGAUAUAUACGUAUGUUAUAUAUAUUGAUUAA